CACUCCGGGUUAACUUUUUAAUUCAGUAUUGUUAUACUACAGCUCUCCGGAAGAUGGCGGUAGUGCAACAAGAUGACACGGUCGUCGAUCAACACAAUCAAGGAAGAAGACAAAGUCAGUAGUAGAAGACGCGUUCUGUAGUAGCUAGCGUUAAACAAGUGGCAAACCAACUGCGACACAAAAUGUCGAUUGUCUUUGUGCCAAAAAAACUCAGAGGAAAGGCGAAAAUUAACCAGGAAACAAUACAGUGGCUGCUAGAUGAAAACGACCAGUUAAUAAGAUGCAUCACUGAGUACAUGCAGAAAGGACGAGCAGUGGAAUGUGUACAAUACCAACAGAUCCUGCACCGCAACAUCGUAUAUUUGGCAACCAUAGCUGAUGCCAGCCCAGACAUCACGCUUCCCUCCUCAAAUUCUACAUCUAAUGAAACCUCAACACCAGCUGUGAAUGGGCAUGGAGGGACAUGAUCAUGGCAGCUUCUGUCAGUGGAGCGUCAAAUAUUUGACAAUGUGGUCGGGAAAUAUUUUACAUCACAAGAAAACAUUUAUUAAAAAUAAGUUUUCAGUAAUAUUACCUUUACCAGGACCACUGGUACUUCAGUUCAGUAAUGCUAUAUUGAAUGUUUACGUGUAAAAAUAUUCUGUGAAUACAAAAUGUCCUUUUAAUAUGAAUUGUACAUUAAAACCUUAUUUUU